CAUUACGUGGCCCCAAGUAAAUAGUUUAUAGAGUCAAUGUAAAAAUAGUUAAAAGGCACAUAAUUAUUUUGAUAAAUUAGCGUAGCACUAUUAAUUUUAUGUAUCAAAAUGGCAUCGCUGUGUAAAUAUUUAGGGGUUCUAACCUUAUUAUUAGCUGCGCUAUGGUCAUCAUCACAUUGCUACACAAUCACAGUAGACGCUCAUGCCGAAGAGUGUUUCUUCGAAAAUGUCGACGCCGAUACCAAAAUGGGUCUUACCUUCGAAAUAGCUGAAGGAGGUUUCCUAGACAUAGAUGUUAAAAUAACUGGACCUGAUGGUGCAGUUAUCUAUAGAGGAGAAAGAGAAUCAUCAGGAAUGUAUACAUUCUCAGCACCUACUGCUGGCCGUUACACAUAUUGCUUCAGUAAUCAAAUGUCUACUAUGACUCCAAAGGUUGUUAUGUUUAAUCUGGAAGUUGGAGAUGCUCCUCACAAAAAAUCUGAUGAUAAAGAUGAGGAUGUAAACCACAAUAAACUGGAGGACAUGAUCAAAGAGCUCGGCACUACAUUAAAAACAGUCAAGCAUGAACAAGAGUAUAUGCAGGUGCGAGAUAGAAUUCACAGAUCCAUUAAUGAAAGCACAAACUCCAGAGUAGUUAUGUGGUCGAUAUUCGAAGCAUCUGUACUACUACUCAUGACAGUCGGCCAGGUGUACUACCUCAAACGUUUCUUUGAAGUGCAAAGAGUUGUUUGAUUAAAAUAUUUGGUAAAAACUUC